AAAACACACAUACAUAUUUGAAGAUGUUAACUUUCACAUCUCCAGUGAAGUUUGUGUCACUCGUGGAUUUUCAUCAUUUCACGAAUUAGAACUAACUCUCGAACAAACGCCCCACAAAGAGCAAAAAUACCACAGAGAGAAGAGAACAAACAGGGCUUUUAUCUGAACAGAGCUUCCCCUUGUGGGGUGUCAUAUUGUCAUUUCCUGACAUAUUUUAAGAAAGAAUUGCUGACGGGACAUUUUUGUCUCAAUAAGCAAGAAACAUCUACCAGAAAACAUCUGAUGAAAGAAGGAUGAGUAUCCUGUCAUUGUUGGUUUUCUGUCUCAUGCGUUCCUCAGGGGCAGCAGCUGGACUUUAUUCUACUGAUCCAUCUCUGGUGGUUUCCACUGAAGGACAAAGUAUCUGUUUGCCAUGUGGCGUACCUUCUGAGUCGUGCUCCUCGAUAAACUGGAAGAUGGAAGAAAGGGUUCCCGGCUGGUUUUCUGAUGUGGUGAUGGAUGGAAGGGUGACAUCUGCAGAUGCCAGGUAUCAUCUGUUGAAGGACUGUUCCUUGGAAAUCGCUCAAGUCAAACCUGAUGAUGCCCACAUGUACACCUGUCAAAGCGGAUCACUUAAGUCAAGUGUUUCACUUCGGAUCCUUGAAGUUAUUGAGAGCCAAACUCCUGCAGAGGGCACAAUAGAGCUUCACUGUUAUCUGAACACAUUUAAAGGAUACGUGCCUUGCAGCAGAAACUCAGACAUCCACAUCAGAUGGACUGACCAGAAUGAUGAACCACUAAAUGGUCAAAGAUUUAGAUCUGAGAAUCUAUUUGCUUGCGUCUCUAAACUUUUCAUCACCAAAAAACUGACGGACCAUCAUAGAACGUGGAAAUGUCACGUCCUACAGAACAACCAGAUUAAAGCCUCCGUCAGUUAUGAGACUACAGUAGAAGGUGGCCUGGAGGAAGUGUUUGCUGCUGUGGGUGAGUCAGUGUCACUCACUUGCACUUCCUCUCUCAGUUCUGGAGGCAACACAGAGUGGACUGUGAACAAAACACCACUGAGAAACAUGUCAUCUGAAACCAGCCCAACAAAAGCAUUUCACCUGGAUGAAGACUCAUCGUUGGUGAUCAGUAAACUGAGUCCUCUGAAUGCAGGAGAAUAUCAGUGUACUGAGUCCACCGGCCUGCAAAGAGUCCUCAACAAAAUCAGGCUGCACACACUCGAUGUUACGGCAGAGUCCACGUCAGCAGGAGUGAAGCUCACCUGUGUGCUAACUUGUGCUGAACAAUGUGAAGAAAACUUUAACCUAAGCUGGUCUGGAACCAGUCGAGAAGGUUGGCAGAGCAGAUCAACGACUGUCAAUAAAACACUGAUCAGCAUGAUGCUUCUCACAGUUUGGCCUCAAAGCUCAGAUGAAUUCAUUUGUUUAGUGAAGAGAGAAGGUUCAACCAUGGCCCUGAAGGAGUGGCACGCUGAUUUCUCUCUGCAGACACUUAUCAGGUUAUGUGUCCAUCUUGUCCUCCUGAUGGGUGCAGCUGCAGGAGGACUGUACACACACAUGAAGUGGAAGCAGAGGAAGGCUGCAGCAACAGAACACAACAAUAUUGAAAUGGUAAGAUAAACACCUGUGAUGUGUGCACAUAUUCUAACAUUAACACUUUCUAUCUCACUCAGUAUGAAGAACAGGAUCUGAGAUGAUCCAGAAAAGAAGUGACCACUAAUGCUGACUACUUCCGUCACUUUCAGUUAAACGAACGUUGUGCUCUUUGUUUUCAUUCAUGCUGUAGAUUAUUUUUAAAACAAUAAAUGCUUCUAAAUGCAAUGGAAAUGGACGGGGAGCAGGUUUUAAAUUAGAUGUUGUGAAUAUCUAAUCAGUGUUUCUGAAUCCAUCAGAUGUGAGCCUUAGAAACACAACAGGAGCUACUUCUGACUGGUGACAAACCACAGAUAACUCUGUCCUCAGUUUAACCAGCAGAUGGAGCAUCAUCACUCAGAUCACAAUUCUGUCACGUCUGCCCCUGCCUCCCUGAUUGUGUCUCUCUCGUGCCCUUGAUUAGUCCUUAUUGUUUUCACCUGCCCCUUGUUACCUGCCCAUGUGUUCCUCAUUUGCCCUGUGUAUUUAUACCUCCCUCCUUGUAUCAGUCUUUGUCAGAUCAUUGUGUUUGUAGUCAGCAUUGUUUUUGUCCUGUCGUUCCCGCUCUGUUAUUAAAACCAUUUUUACUUUA